UAUAUUAAUAAUAUUAUUAUAUUUAGCAAUAUAGCUAAAGACUAUCUCAAAUAUUUAGAAAUCAUCCUCAAAUUCUUUAAAAAUAUUAACCUUAAUAUUACCCCCAAAAAAUCAUUCGUCGCUUAUCCGUCCGUUCGGUUAUUAAGUUACUGCGUAGAUAGUUUGAGUAUAGCUACUAUAACCGACCGUAUCGCGGUUAUUUGA